AUGGAGAAGGACAUUUCAAAGCUUGUAGCCGUUCCUAAUAUCGCUCUCAGGCCAAAAGAGCAGCAAGUCUCACCGACGGACCAAGGUAUACCAGAGACUUCCAGGAACAACGAUACCUCCGAGAGUGACCCAGCUGACAUUGCAUGGGAUUAUGAUGUAUACGCCGCGCCUUUCGUUCCACCAGGUCUCCAAGCAAUCAACACCGAAGUGGCUACUGUCAUCAACACAAGACCCAGACAUUUGAUCGACUUCGAGCAAUAUGUACAUACAGUCGCCGGAACAAGCUUUGUACCUCCACCCUACGCGGAGCCUGAAGAUCACACGAUCAGAUCAGCAGCGGGUUUCCCUAAGUCGCUCAAUGAGUCUACCUAUCUGCAACACUUCGACACAUCGACUGCCAUUGAGUGUAUAGCGACGGAGAAAGAAAACGAAUCAUACGCGAUGUAUCAAGUCCCACUCUGGCAAUACCAUCCAUUGGAGGGCAUCUGGUGCCUAUCGAUCCCAGGACUGAGAGAAGAUAACCCACACAUUGAAAUGGGCGACGUGCUUCAGAUACGUCAACUGUAUGUUAACGAGACAGGAGCCUUGACGUUGAUGCCAAAUUAUGUGGAUGAUUACCAAUUCGGAUACAUAGGAACUCCUUCAAUAGCAUUCAGGCCCUGGACAGGCGUACAGCACAAUACCGCAGUCUUCGGUGUCAACCGUGCGCAAGAAACAGUCUAUUUCAAAGCAGAUGGCCUCUGUCCACCGGUACCACCCAUGCGCAUGUUCGCUAACGUCGUCAUUCCACUGAAGUUCAACGUCCUCCAAAGCCGGCGAAAAGCUUUGGCACACCUCAGCUCCGAGCUGAGACUCGUCGGCUUCUCCCCACGGACAUAUGGCUACCCAUCCUCGAACGGUAGACUGAAUCAUUUUGGCGAAUCGCCCGGUGUCAAGUAUGCCACACCUCAUGCCGACGCCACGAGAGCCGCAUCCCACGAUUCUCAUAACGAUUGGAGUCUCCGAAUCCUGUUCCCUGAUGAAGCUCAUGGAGAAGUCCAAACUACACUGCGCAAAAUUCCCCAUCGCAAGCUUUUCGAUCGCGCUGUCAACUACGAACAAGCGCAUGCUGUCAACGAUAUAUGUACAGGAAAGACAAAGACUCUGGUAGAGACGGCAAUGCAACUGUUGAACACUACAAAUAUCGCACACAUGCUAAUAUGCGCUCCAUCGGAGGCCGCGGCGGAUACACUCGCCCUCAGGCUGAAGGAAUAUCUCUCACGAAAAGAGCUAUUUCGACUUAACCGACCAGGCAGGGCUGAUAACGAGGUACCACGGGAGCUAUUGCAGUACUGCCAUAUCGAGAACGACAUGUUCUGUCUGCCACCAUUCCGGGAGCUCAUGGCCUUCAACAUCGUAGUAACCUCUUGUCAAGAUGCGGCCAUACUGGCAGACGCAAGAUUGACCAACAAUGAUCUCUGGACUAUACAAAGGAAUAUGUCAUCAGCUUUCAGCCCGGACGACGAAAUCCCCAAUCCGAAGCUACAUUGGAGCGCCCUACUCAUAGACGAGGCAGCUCAAGCUACUGAACUAGACGUCUUGCCUGCCAUUAGCGUUGUGUGCCCGCCUUUCACUUAUCCGACCACGUCGCCCCAGCCACGCAUAGUGAUGGCAGGAGAUGAGAAGCAACUGGGACCACGAACCGUAUCCCGCGACCUUCGAGUACGCAGGUCGUUGUUCGCCCGGCUUUUUCAACGACCGCUAUACGAGAACCACCCUCUCUCGCGCUCCAAGAUCAAGCCAUCAUCCGGCCCACCAGUACUGAAGCAGGCAAUGUUACCGAUCACAUACCCACCAUUCACAUUACUCGUCCGAAACUACCGUUCCCAUCCCGCCAUCCUCAGCGUACCAAGCGCUCUCUUCUACAACAACACCCUGAUCCCAGAGGCUCCACUCCCAAACACCCCACUCCAACAGUCCGAUCUCUGGCGCGGCCGCAAGUGGCCCGUUCUAUUCAUCCCACACACCGGCCUCGACGAAAUCGAACGCGACAACGGCGGCUGGUACAACAUAUCCGAAGCGCGCAUCGCCUGCAACAUAGUCCAAACCCUCCACCACUAUUCCUCCGUCAAGCAAUCAGACAUAUGCAUCAUGUCGCCCUUCGCCGCACAGGUCAAACUCCUUCGUUCAAUGAUCCGUUCAUCCGAGAUUAUGGACGUCAACAUCGGUCCCUUGGAAGCUUUUCAAGGACUCGAGAAACGGGUCGUUGUGCUAUGUACAACACGAGCACGAACGAGGUUUCUGGCUAAAGACGAAAAGGCAGGCUUGGGUAUCGUGGGUGGAGGCAGGAAGAUGAACGUCGCUCUUACGCGAGCGAAAGAAGCGCUGUUCGUUAUUGGCAACGUUGAGGUCUUGGAGCAGAAUGAGCAUUGGCGGCAGUGGAUAGCGUUUUGCUGGCGGAACGGGCUGGUCAGUGAUGAGAAAGGAGGUUGGGAUGAGAGGACAUUGGGACGAAAUGGAGACGAGGUCAAGAUUGGCGUGCUAGAGAAGGCGUUGAUUGCUAAGGAAGAGCAGGUCAAGCAGAGGGGGAAGGUGUUGGGUGCUGGGGCGGUGACGCAGGAUGUCGGCGAGUAUGAUGCUUGGGUUGAGAGUUUGAGGGAGACGCUUGGGGAGGGGGAUGAGGAGGAGGGGGAGCAAAUAGGAGAGGAGGGUUGUGAGGAAGACGAGGAGGAAGCUGUUGUACAGGCUGAUGAUACUAUCGCUGGCGCUGAGGAAGGAGAGGUUGUGACAAGGACUGGCACUUUGGUGUCCAACCACUGA